CUACACAGUGUUCAAAUUUAUUACUUCACUUAUCAACAACAAUCAUGUAGCAAAAUUCAAUUCGUACGGACAUCUGCUGACUGUGAUAUUUAAUUUCUCUAAUUUUUAAUUUAAUUUAAUUUUAUAUAUAUAAAUAAUAAAUUCAAUUACCCUUUCUAGAGUACUUGUCUUGUGUUCUUCCUUUUAUUUUCUGUGUGCAAUUUUACACAUCCAUGGUUUCCCUGAUCCAUUCGAGAUGGCUAAUUUCUCCUUAUCAAGUUGUUUUGGAAUAUUCCGGCGAGAAUCAGUCCUUACACCGGACAACGGCGGCGAUGAAAGCGAGGAAAAUCAAACAAUUUCAACCGGCGGCGGCGGGGAGUGCUACGCAUGCACUCAGGUGGGGGCCCCGGUUUUCCACUCCACCAGCUGCGACAAAGCCCACCGCCCCGAGUGGGAGGCCUCCGCCGGCUCCUCCCUCCUCCCCAUAAGAAAUCGCGCCGGCCAGAACCCCGCCGGAACUCGGUCCUCCUCCGCCCGGGGGGCGGGGCAGCCGUUCGGCGGCGGCGUGCUGGACCCGCGGAGGAAGCGCGUGCAGCGGUGGAACCGGGCCUUCCUGCUGGCACGUGGGAUGGCACUCGCGGUGGACCCACUCUUCUUCUACGCGCUGUCGAUCGGCCGCGGCGGCUCGCCGUGCCUGUACAUGAACGGCGGCCUGGCGGCGGCGGUGACGGUCGUCCGGACGUGCGUGGACGCCGUGCACCUCUGCCACCUGUGGCUUCAGCUCCGGCUAGCCUACGUGUCGAGGGAGUCCCUGGUCGUCGGCUGCGGCAAGCUCGUGUGGGACCCACGCGCCAUCGCCGCCCACUAUCUCCGGUCACUCAAGGGCUUCUGGUUCGAUGUCUUUGUCAUCCUCCCAGUUCCCCAGGCUGUGUUUUGGUUAGUAGUGCCGAAAUUGAUCAAAGAGGAGCAAAUUAAAUUAAUAAUGACAAUUCUUCUAUUAAUAUUCUUAUUCCAAUUCCUACCCAAAAUCUACCAUAUAAUAUGUUUAAUGAGAAGAAUGCAAACGGUUACCGGUUACAUCUUCGGCACAAUAUGGUGGGGUUUCGGCCUUAAUCUCAUAGCCUACUUCAUCGCUUCUCACGUUGCAGGUGGAUGCUGGUACGUGCUGGCUAUACAGCGCGUGGCGCUCUGCCUCAAGCAGCAGUGUAUUGGCAAUAGUAGUUUGUGCAAUCUCUCUCUGUCCUGCUCCGACGAGGUUUGCUAUCAGUGCGAAACUAGCUCGAUUAAUUAUAAGCCGUUGUCUUCGUGUUUGGAUGUUAACGGCCCGUUUCGAUACGGGAUUUAUAAGUGGGCCCUUCCCGUUGUUUCGAGUAACUCCGUUGCCGUCAAGAUUCUUUAUCCUAUUUUCUGGGGGUUGAUGACUCUUAGCACGUUCGGGAACGACUUGGAGCCGACGAGUAAUUGGCUUGAAGUGAUGUUUAGUAUUUGUGCUGUGCUUAGUGGAUUGAUGUUGUUUACUCUGUUGAUUGGAAAUAUCCAGGUGUUUUUGCACGCGGUGAUGGCGAAGAAGAGGAAAAUGCAGCUGAGGUGCCGGGACAUGGAAUGGUGGAUGAGGCGGCGGCAGUUGCCUUCGCAGCUCCGGCGAAGAGUACGCCGCUACGAGCGGCAAAGGUGGGCGGCUAUGGGCGGCGGUGAUGACGAGAUGGAAUUGAUCAAGGACUUGCCGGAGGGACUUAGGCGGGAUAUCAAGCGAUUCCUAUGCCUCGAUCUCAUAAAAAAGGUGCCGUUGUUCGAUAGCUUGGACGAUCUCAUCCUUGACAACAUAUGUGAUCGUGUUAAACCCCUCGUUUUCUCCAAAGACGAAAAGAUAAUAAGAGAGGGAGAUCCGGUCCCGAGAAUGUUGUUCAUUGUGCGCGGCCGUGUGAAGAGUAGCCAAAACCUAAGCCGAGGGGCGGUGGCCUCCGCCCUGCUCGACCCCGGCGGCUUCUUCGGCGACGAGCUCUUCUCAUGGUGCCUCCGCCGCCCGUUCGUGGACAGGCUUCCGGCCUCUUCCGCCACGUUCGAGUGCAUCGAGCCGACCGAGGCAUUUGCCCUAGACGCGGGCGAUCUCCGGUACAUCGUGGACCACUUCCGGUACAAGUUUGCGAACGAGAGGUUGACGCGCACCGCGAGGUACUACUCGUCUAAUUGGAGGACGUGGGCCGCCGUGAAUAUCCAGAUGGGGUGGCGGCGGUACAUGCAUAGGACGAGAGGUGCGGCGUUGAGGUAUCGAUCGGGUGAUUACGUCGAUACCGAUCGGAGGCUUAGACAAUAUGCGGCUUUGUUUAUGUCGAUUAGGCUGUGA